GCUCCAUCCUCCAUUUACCAGCGUCCUCGUCGUCGCUCUGCAGUAGACAUGGCUCCUUUGACGAACGAUGAAGGCUUUGGAACUUCUCCCAAGCCGCGUCUCCUUAUCGUAGGAGCAGGAAGUCGGGGCCAUGCAUAUGCAAGAGCAACUGUAGACUCUGGCCUUGGCACCGUUGCUGCCAUCGCAGAACCCAUCGACUUCAAGCGUGGAUUGCUCGGCUCCAGAUACAUAUGGCCCGGUGGCAAGCCUUCUCCUGAACAGGAAUUCGCCAGCUGGACGCAGUUCGUCAAAUAUGAACAGCAAAGGCGGAAGGACGAAGCAGCAGGCAUAUCUGUGCCGGCAGGCAUUGAUGGCGUCUUCAUCUGCGUUCGCGAUGAGCACCACAUGGAAGUCCUCGCCGCUGUUGCACCACUCGGCCUUCAUAUCAUGAGCGAAAAGCCUCUGGCCACCUCCCUGGACGACUGUCUGCGAAUUGAGAAGGCUCUGCUUGCCGCUCCGAAGCGUAUCUUCGCCAUCGGUCAUGUCUUACGUUACAGUCCUCACAACAUGUUGCUGAGGCACCUCGUUCGAGAGCGGCGCGUGAUUGGCGACGUUCUGUCGAUCGAACAUACAGAGCCAGUCGGUUGGUGGCAUUUCAGUCACUCUUACGUCCGCGGCAAUUGGAGAAAGGAGUCUACCACAGCUCCUAGCCUCCUAACCAAGAGCUGCCAUGAUAUUGAUUUCAUUCUGUGGAUGCUCUGCUCUCCGGUAACCGGCGACGGGCAGCAAGCACAUCUUCCUGCUCGACUUACUUCCAGUGGCUCGUUGAAGCAGUUCCGCCGAAGUCAGAAGCCCCGUGAAGCAGGUCAAGCUACAAAUUGUCUGUCUUGUCCAAUCAAAGAUAGCUGCCAGUACUCGGCUUUGCGAAUUUACAACGACAAGGUGCUUGCGAAGGGGAACGCAAAAUGGCCUAUUGACAUCGUGAACCCCGAAGUUGAGACUAUUCUGAACGAGUCAGGACCUGAAAAAGCAAAACAGACUUUGUUGGAAACCCUUGCAGAAGACUACGACGUCAAGUCUACGAGGCAAUCGCAUGCAGACAUCGAGGGACGCUCAUGGUAUGGACGUUGUGUCUGGGAGAGCGACAACGAUGUCUGCGAUGAUCAGUACGUUACCCUGGAGUGGGACGACGAUGCCGAUGGUCGCGGAUCUAAGACAGCUUCCUUUCAUAUGAUCGCGCAGACGCUGGCGCAAUGUGAGCGCCGCGGACGGAUAUACGGUACAUCGGGCGAGAUCUGCUAUGAUAGCAGAAGUAUAACGGUUCACGACUUUACGAACGAUACAACAAACACUUACAAUCCCGAGGUGCCUAAGAAUAGUCACCACGGCGGCGGUGAUGAUGGCUUGACACAGCAAUUCGUCAAGGCAAUCAUCGCCUGUAAAGGCGGCAGCAUGGAUGUUAAUGAAGCUCAAGUGGAAUAUAUGGGUUGUACCAUGGAAGAGAUUAUUCGUUCACAUGCUGCUGUCUUCGCAGCCGAGGAAGCUCGGCGAGAGAAGAAAGUUGUGGAUUGGCAACAGUGGUGGCAGAUAAACGUCGCAGCACGUCUGCAGGCUAUUUGAGCCUCUAUUUGUAAUGUAUUGCCUUUCGGGCUUGAAUUCUAUUAACGACUUUGGCCCUUGCUCGG